AUGGGUUUUAGUUCCUUCUCCAGAGAAGGGGAGAGGGAGGAGUUCUUGGAGGGCGGGCGGGAUACUGCUAGCUAAGCUGAGCAGGGUAGGGCCCCCCCACCCUUAGCUUGUACUAGAAGAGGGGAGGACUGAAGAAAAAGCAGUCAGGAAGAGAGCCGCUUACUUCCUCGAGCCGCGAGGCUCCCCGGUCUCCGCUCCUCUACGUAUAUCUGCCGGCCGCCGAAAGGAAUUGGAGACGCCUGCGAAGAGUGGACGAAGAUCACACCUCAUGAGAAAGGGGAAAAAUAAAAUAAAAUAAUCUAGAUUCACGAAAGAUGAUUUGAAAUCAUACUAAAUGCAGAUAUUAUCUAAUAAUAGUAUCAACGUUAGAUAUGUUAGGUUCCAAGUGAAAGAGAGGGUGGGGAUCAAUUGACGAGGAAGAAGAUUAGUUCUCUCAACGUAUGAUAUUUCUUCACUGAUUAAUUUUGUUAAAAAUAUUCCGAUUCAAGAAAAGAACGGCUUAAAUCGAGCAAAAGCUGGCAAAUUUACAAGUAGCAGCCUACUCGAUGCCCAUGUUAAAUAAAUCAUCGAAUUUGAGCUAACAGAGGAGGCAUUUGCACAGCUGAUAGCGUUAAGAUGACAGACCUUGACGGCAUUCUGAACCCCAAGGAGAUCCUCAAACUCGACAAAUGCAUAGUAAACGCCAGCAUCCUACCCAAAAAAGAAAAGAUCCAUUAGACAAUUGUGGGAGUAUUGAACACUGCACUUGAAAACUCAGAUAUAUAUAUAUAUAUAGAGAGAGAGAGAGAGAUAGAUAGAUAGAUAGAUAGAUAGAUAGAUAAAGAGAGAGAGAGAGAAAGAGAGAGAGAGAGAGAGAGAGAGGAGAGAGAGAGAGGUUUUCAAGAACCUUCCGGGUUUUGAUAAGUACUCCGUCUGGUUUGAUUCUACCAAAAUUCCUGAACUCCUCUUCGAGAUCCGAAGCCGUAGUGGAAGAGGGCAGGUUCCUCACGUAGACGGAUUUCACCUCAGCUGGAUUUAAAACAGCGAAAAUGGGGUAAAUGUCCCUAAAGAUGAAUAGCACGACGGUGUGGUUUGGCUGUCCUAAACAGGUGAAAACGACUCUGACCCAAGAAGAUCCUCCAUUCAGGUCAGCCAGGAGGACAAGAAGAAGGAAUGCAGUACACACGCUAUCAAGGAUGGUGAUCACUGGGUUGCGGCAAGAAGGAAAAGGAAAGAAGACAAAUCAAUACAUAGGCACCCUAAUGGGGACCAACUUUCAAGCUGCCCCGGAGAAAAAAACACUUAAUUACAUAAUUAAAUUUCACACACACAGAGACAAGGAAAGUGGUGGCGGAAAAUAAUCCAAAGCUAAUUUUCUAUGAAAAAAAGGCUAA